AUGUUGCCUGCCUAGAAGCUAUGGUCGAACGAUCCGUCGAUACGAGUCGUUUGUUUGGACGAUCUGAAACUUCGGAUUCAAAGGUUCGUACCUCAAUUCAGAGGCUCCUCGCAACAGGAUGCACAAGAAUCUCUUUGUUACCUGCUGGAAGGGCUGCACGAGGACGUCAACAUGGUCGUAGAUGAACCGAACCCGAACCCAAAGCCUGUUCUUAUGGAAAUCGACAAAUCAUUGAGUAUUAAUGUCGAAGCAAUGGAUUCGUGGUCGAGAUACUUGAGAAUGAAUAAUUCUAAGUUCGUCUAUAAUUUUGUCGGGCAGUUCAAGUCUACUUUGAGAUGCACCUUUUGUGGCAAUUGUUCGGAGACAUUCAACCCAUUUUGGGAGUUGUCUUUACCGAUACCACAGCGAUCAGGCCAACUCAGCUUGUCUCGUUGCUUGGACUCGUUUACGAGUGUUGAGAUUUUAGACGACGAGGAGAAACCAACUUGCUUGAUGUGUAAAGAAAAAAGGAAUUGUUUGAAGUCAUUAUUCAUCCACAAGUUCCCUAAAAUUUUAGUUAUACAUCUGAAACGUUUCUCGCAGACUGUAGAGUUCAGUGAGAAACUAAACACAAUUGUCGACUUCCCCUUGAUCGGCUUGGACAUGAGCCCCUAUGCAGCUGAAGACAUCGUACCAUGUCCUUAUAAUCUGUACGCUAUCUCAAAUCACAGCGUACCACCUACAUCGGACACUACACAGCCUACUGCAGACAUCUAUAUACGAAAAUUUGGCACGAGUACAAUGAUUCCCUGGUUUCUUCAAUUUCGUCGAAUUGUCUCGUCAGUGGGGAUGCUUAUAUUCUUUUUUACCAACAACGGGCUCACCCCAAAAACGAACAACAUGAUGGUGACUCUGUCAAGAGCUACUGCUCCUGCUCCAUAG